CGGGAGCGAGACAGAGGAGAGGCCGUGCGAACGCCAUGGUGUGUGAUUGGCAACGUCACUGUCGUCGCCGUCGUUGCCGUCGCCGCCGCCGCCGCCGUCGCUGUUAAAUCCCGCGUCCGUGAGUGAACGAGCGAGAAACGCGCCCGGGCGGGCCCGCCGUUAACCUCGGGCCGUCGCGCUUACGUUACGGCCGUGCGCGCGCGCGCGUGAAUCGGCGGAUUACGAGCGUGAGAUCGCGGCCGCGGAAUCCCCCUGGUCGGGCGGGCGCGCGAGCAAGCACGGGGGGAGAAAAAGGAAGCAUAUAUGUAAAAGCGCGCGGGCGAGGGACGCGGCGUCGCGUCGCCCUUUUUAAAAGACCCGUGUUGUGUCCGCCGCCGCCGCCGCCGCUGCUCCGUUCCGCCUCGCGCCGCGCCGUGACGCGCGGUGAAGUGCAGUGUGUACACGUACGAGGCCGCGUGCGCGCGCGCGCUCGCCCGCGCGUGCUACUACGCGGUGCGCGCGCGCGUGUGUGUGUGCGUGUGUCGCGAGAGUGCCCCCGUGUUUGCGCUUCUGUGUAUCGAGAAGAGAGUGCGUUACGGUUCCUGCCGAGAAAGGGGAGAUCCCCGCGUCCUGUCGGCGGAAGCCGCCCGCGCGGGUGGCCGGGAGUAGCGGAUCUCGGGGGAGUGCGCGAGAACCCUUUCACGGAUGGUCCUCCGCGGUGCAUCGCGGCCCACCCGGUACAUCGCGAUCGAGAGAGAGUGUAGUGUGAGAUCAAUAAUGAGACAGGUGCUCUCAUUGGUGUAAAGCGAUGCGGCGGAGCUGAGAGUUUUGUCGGGCGGCACUGGGGCUCAUGAAAAGUGUAUCCGGCGCGCGUAACGACGCCGCCGCCGCCAAGGACCAACGUGCCGCGAGACAUUCCAGCGAGUUGGAUCAGUGUAAUUACAAUGUAGUGCCAACUCUGCAAAUGGAUAAACAGGGAUGACUGAUAAUUGCUGGAACUCUGGUGGUGGCGCUGGCGUCAAGAUGGAGCACUUUCAGGCCACCCUGGACCCAAGGAAGCAGGAGUUAUUGGAGGCCCGCUUUCUCGGAGCGAGGAUGUCUGCUGGGUCACAAAUUCAGAUGGCACCCCAAACAACCGUAAACUCUGGUCAGACAGUUCAUAGUCAAGACUCGAACAUGAGCACUGGCUCAUCGCAUAGUGAUAAGGAGGUGGAUGCAAACACUCCAGAAAAAGUACCACGGACUACUUCUGAGAGGAAAAGAAAACGUAAAGCCGACGACGGAGGUGGAGGUGUCGCAGGUGGUUCUGUAGCUAGUAAGGGCGCUAGAUCGGUUGCUGCUCUUGAUAAUAAGAAGAUCAACGAGUAUUUUCCAAAGCAUCAUCUGGGUAAUAGUCCUAUUCGGCAUGGCGGAGCCAAGAGCCCCUCCCCUCAGCAGAGUUAUCCUAUGUAUCCGCCGUCACCUCAACAGUUACUUUCGCCACAAGUAACGACACCUAAUUCCUCGGUGGCGGAAUUCUCUUCGCUGAUGCAGCCACCGAGACCUCAUCCUCAACCUCCACCGCCUCCACCACCAGCCACGUCGCAACCUGCGAGCUCGACGGCCAGCAAGCUGGUGCAGGUAAGGCCUCCCAACCUCAAUAGGACAAGCCAGGUCAGGCAAGCGAAGACUAACACCCCAAAUACAGAGCUUACUUGCCAGAGGAUACAGGAAUUUGAAACUCAAGCCUCUUCAGACUUAGAACUACGUAAUAAUAAAAUUGAUGAGUUAAAUAGGACAACGGACGAACUUAGGCAUCAAAUGGCUAAUCAACAGAAAGUGAUUGAGCAGCACAAAUCACAUAUAAAUAAGUGUAUAGACGUUGUAAAGAAGUUAUUAAAGGAAAAAUCAAACAUAGAAAAAAAGGAGGCUAGGCAGAAGUGUAUGCAAAAUAGACUGAGGUUGGGCCAGUUUGUGACGCAAAGGGUGGGUGCGACAUUUCAAGAGAACUGGACUGACGGUUACGCAUUUCAUGAGCUUGCGCGACGGCAAGAGGAGAUAGCGACGGAGCGGGAGGAGAUCGACAAGCAGAAGAAGUUGCUGCUCAAGAAGAGGCCGUCGAAUAGCGAGACUGGCAGGAAACGUAGUCAACCGCAACCCUCCUUGCACAACGGUACUGAGGCGACAUUUUUGAAGCCAGAUGCAGUACCUGGGUCGUAUACGUGGCAGGAGUAUUAUGAAGCUGACGAAAUACUCAAGUUGAGGCAAAGCGCGUUGAAGAAAGAAGACGCGGACUUGCAACUAGAAAUGGAAAAGCUCGAGAGGGAGCGGAAUUUACACAUUAGAGAGUUAAAGCGUAUUCACAACGAGGACCAAUCGAGAUUUAACUCUCAUCCUGUUCUGAAUGAGCGUUACCUCUUAUUAAUGUUAUUAGGAAAAGGCGGUUUCAGUGAAGUGCAUAAGGCAUUUGACUUAAAAGAGCAACGGUACGUGGCUUGUAAGGUGCAUCAAUUAAAUAAAGACUGGAAAGAAGACAAGAAGGCUAAUUAUAUAAAGCAUGCAUUGCGAGAAUAUAAUAUACAUAAAGCACUGGAUCAUCCCCGAGUCGUAAAAUUGUACGAUGUAUUUGAAAUUGAUGCUAAUUCUUUUUGUACUGUUCUGGAAUAUUGUGAUGGCCAUGAUUUAGAUUUUUACCUCAAGCAGCAUAAGACUAUACCUGAAAGAGAAGCGAGAUCUAUUGUUAUGCAAGUCGUAUCGGCAUUAAAGUACCUCAAUGAAAUAAAACCUCCAGUCAUACAUUAUGAUCUGAAACCAGGUAAUAUCCUAUUAACCGAAGGCAACGUGUGCGGCGAAAUAAAAAUCACGGACUUCGGCUUAAGUAAAGUCAUGGAUGAAGAAAAUUAUAAUCCAGAUCACGGAAUGGAUCUAACGUCCCAAGGAGCGGGUACUUAUUGGUAUCUACCUCCUGAAUGCUUCGUCAUUGGCAAAAAUCCUCCUAAAAUAUCGUCUAAGGUUGACGUGUGGAGCGUAGGAGUUAUAUUUUAUCAAUGUCUAUACGGUAAAAAGCCUUUCGGUCACAAUCAAUCGCAAGCCACCAUUUUAGAGGAGAAUACGAUAUUAAAAGCUACCGAAGUCCAGUUUGCAAAUAAACCAACCGUUAGCAACGAAGCAAAGAGUUUCAUAAGAAGUUGCCUAGCGUAUAGGAAGGAGGAGCGUAUAGACGUACUGACACUAGCUAGACAUGAAUACCUACAACCCCCAGUGCCAAAACAUGGCCGCCAAGCGAACAGCCAGCAACAGCAGCAGCAACAACAGAUCCAGCAACAGCAGCAGAGCUCGUUUAAUAUCGGCAUGUUUAGUGGUAUGAACGCGUCGAGCAGUUCGUAGUGGAGAGGAAGGACUAAGGACAAAAUCCUCGAUAUAUACCAAUACAUGCCAAAUCUUGAGCGCUCGGACUGUGUACACCAUCUCAUCUUAGGGAAAUAAUGAUUGCUAUAACCAAUUGUAAAUACUAAAACCGGAUACUAUCAUCGUCACCACCCACCAACCACCAUCACCACUACCACCAUCACCUAUCACCAACCACCACCACAAUUAUUACCACAUUUACCACCGCCAUCACCACACCAUCACAACUAUACUUACAGGAUCGACUACAUAGGACAUUGCAAGAGAGAUGCGAGACUGGUCACCCGCAAGUCCAGAAGCUUGCGUCUUUCUACAAGCCACGCCACAUUAUUCAGCAUGACAAGAAACAAUGUUGUGUUCGUAAAUAUUCAAUUGUAUUAUCGUUCCUUGUAUCAAACAGUGCGAUGACUUGAUAAUAGUGUUUAAAAGAAAACGAGAGAGCGAGAGAGAACGAACGAACGAGUGAACGAGAAAAUAACAUGUGAUAAGUCAUUACGAGAUAAAAGUGACGUCUAGAAUAAGAGGGGAGGGGGGAAAUAGGAGCAUGUGUGAGAGAGAGAGAGAGAAAGAAAGA